UGUGCAGUCUGGUUAGAUUACUUGGCAUAUGAUGUAAAAGCUACAUAAGUAUCCAUAUCGUGCCGAAAUUAAUAUUAACCGUUUGAGUUGCAAUGUUUGUAUAUUUGAAAAUUGAAUCAGUUAGCGCUAGGAAACUUUGGUUGUAAUUAUUUCGGUGCAUCUAGUUUCAAACGUGGUCAAUUUUAGUGAAAAUAAGUAAAAAUAUAUUUACACAGGCUAAUUUUAAAUGGCAUAUCAAAUCCCAUUGGGUGCCCAACUUUUAGGGCCGAGUCGGCUUCAAGUACUUGUUGAGCUUCAAGUUGGUUGCAGGAAUUUACUCGAUAGAGAUACCUUUUCCAAGUCCGACCCCGUUUGUGUCCUUUACGCAAAGGAAUUGCGGACAAAUCAGUACAUCGAGCUGGGAAGAACGGAACAAGUGAAAAACAAUUUGAGCCCAUCUUGGAACAAAAAAUUUACAGUAGAUUAUCGGUUUGAGGAGCGCCAAAUUCUGAAAUUUUCAAUUUACGAUUGGGAUGGAAAUUCGAACACUUUGGACGCGCAUGACUUUCUCGGAAGUUUGGAAUGCAGUUUGGGUGAAAUUGUUGCAGCUCCAAAUAAGAAGUUUGAGCGAAAAUUGGAAUUGCCCCCCGGAUUCGCAUCCUCAGGAAAAUCGUCAUCCAUUGUUGUUUGUGCCGAAGAGAUUGGAACCAACAAAGAGAUUUUGCACAUAAAGAUGAAUGGGCGGAACUUGGAUAAGAAGGACAUGUUUGGAAAAUCUGAUCCAUAUGUAACCAUUUGUAAGAAGAUGGAUGAUGGUUCGUGGACUGAUGUCCACAAGACGGAUGUCAUUAAAAAUACAUUGAAUCCUGAUUGGCAACCAUUUUCUGUUCGAGUCGCUUCUUUGACUAGCGGAAAUCCUGAAAGGUUGUUGCGUUUCCAAGUUUGGGAUUGGAAUAGUAACGGAUCAGGAGAUUUUAUUGGAGAAUUUAACACGACCUACACCCAGCUACAACAAUCCGUGAAAGAAAACAGUGCAAGCUUUCCUGCCAUUAAUCAAAAGAAAAAGGACAAAAAGAAAAACUACACAAAUUCUGGAGUUAUUAAUGUGGAAUGGCUUCGAGUUGAAGAAGAAAAGUCAUUCUUGGAUUACAUUCAAAGUGGAGUUCAACUUCACUUUACAGUAGCUGUAGAUUUCACUGCAUCUAAUGGAGACCCAAACAACCCUCAGAGCCUGCACUAUCGACAUCCACAAAUGGAUAACCAAUACUCACUUGCCAUUAAAGCCGUCGGAGAGAUAAUUCAAGAUUAUGAUUCAGACAAACUGUUUCCUGCUCUUGGGUUUGGCGCUAGAAUUCCCCCUGGACAAGUUGUAUCUCAUGAAUUUUUCCUCAAUGGAAGUACGGACAGUCCAUUUUGCCCGGGGGUGGCCGGAAUACUGGAAGCAUAUAAUCGCGCCUUGAAUACUGUACAACUUUACGGCCCAACAUACUUUGCUCCAAUAAUUAACCAUGUUGCGAGAUUUGCAUCAUCUUACCAAGACGGAAAUUCUUACUUCAUCUUAACUAUACUCACUGACGGGAUCAUUUGUGACUUAGACUCUACUAAGGAUGCCAUCAUCAACGCCAGUACAUUGCCAAUGUCAAUCAUAAUUAUUGGCGUAGGACAAGAGGACUUCUCCGCAAUGGAAUUUUUAGAUUCGGAUGGUCGUGUUUUGCGACACAACGGUCGAGCAGCUGCAAGAGACAUUGUGCAGUUUGUGGAGCUGCAAAAGUUCGUUACUUUGUAUGGGAACAAUCAACUCGAAACAAAAGUGGUAUUGGCAAAGGAAGUAUUGGCCGAGAUUCCAGAGCAACUCGUCUACCAGAUGAAGAAAAUUCAUGGUGGGAGAGUGACCACGGUUUAAAUACAAAAUAUAUAUAUAUAAUUUUUACCUGUAUGCAAUACCUUGUGCUGAUUUCUUACACCUGCCAAUAUAAGCAAUUAUGGCUUAAUUUUAACACAACAAUUCCUUUUAACUCAUACAUGCAUAUUAAUAUUAUAGAAAGUAUCAUUUUAAGAUUAUAGACAUAUUCUUCAUUCAAGUUUUAAAAAAGUACAGUACAUCAUCUCGAUGCCUCAAAUCUCUAGAAAUGUUUUCAUUGAGAAUGUCCCACUGUAAUCUAACUAAUUUUAUCUAAUUACUUACAUAAGAUUUUACUUAUUAACUUUUAAGAUGUUGACAAACUUUCAAAUUAUGAUAUGGGGACGCUGGAUGGAGUUAUAUUUACAGCAUCACUGGAGGUGUACUGUGAUUUCUUACAUAAUUAUAUGUUUAUCAUACUCACAAGUAAGCAUUCCCUUUCUACAUUGAAACUUCCAUGUUGUUUGUUGUACCUUAUUCAGUAAAAUUGUUGUCCUCAUAACUUAUUAUAAAUUCCAUAUAUAAAUGCAUAUAUUAAACGUUGACGUUUACAAGCUGAUGUAUAAAAUUA